CCAAAAUUUAAAACAAAAGAAAAGUGAGGUCAUUUCCUAAAGUUUCUUACACCAAUAAAUACUCUCGAAUUCCCUAACACUUUUCACAAUUUAGAAACAUUUCUUUUUCUAAAUUUGAAGAAAUAAUGGAGUGGAAUUGGUUGAGAGAUUUUUUGAAGGGAAUGAUAAAGCCAAUUGCAGCACUUGCAGUUGUAUUUAUGGCUGUAGCUUUGUCUUAUGUACAGAAACUUGGAUUGGAAAGUGAAAUGAUUUACUCAGUUUUCAGAGCUUUUGUUCAGCUAUCUAUUAUUGGUUUUGUUCUUCAGUUCAUUUUCAGUCAAAAGAAUGCUGGUUGGAUCAUUCUUGCUUAUCUAUUCAUGGUUACUAUAGCUGGUUAUACGGCAGGACAACGUGCCAAACAUGUACCAAGGGGAAAAUAUAUAGCAGGAGUUUCCAUUCUUACUGGAACUGCAAUCACUAUGUUUUUAUUGGUAAUUUUGAAUGUUUUCCCUUUCACUCCUCGCUACAUCAUCCCCGUCGCGGGAAUGAUGGUUGGCAAUUCAAUGACAGUUACUGGCGUUACUAUGAAAAAACUUCGCGAUGACAUCAAGAUACAAAUGUCACUGGUAGAGACAGCCUUGGCACUAGGGGCAACGCCUAGACAAGCAACAAUUCAACAAGUGAAAAGAUCGUUGGUUAUUGCUCUUUCUCCUGUGUUGGACAAUGCAAAGACGGUUGGUCUAAUAUCACUUCCAGGUGCAAUGACAGGACUUAUAAUGGGAGGAGCAUCUCCUCUUGAGGCUAUUCAAUUGCAAAUUGUUGUAAUGAAUAUGCUUAUUGGAGCUUCUACUGUUAGUAGUAUCUUCUCGACGUACCUCUCUUGGCCCUCAUUCUUCACAAAAGCUUAUCAGUUAGAAACCAAGGUUUUCUCUUCCGAGUGAAAGUCAUUUUUUCCUGGUUUUUGCUUUGUUGGUCAAUCUCUCAUUUCAGUGGAAGAACUAAGUCUUUUUUAAUAGAUUUUAGAGUAGACAACAAAUACCUUGUCAAAUGUUGCCUCUAAUGCUAUUUUCUUGGAUGAAAAACCGAAGCUUGCUACAGAUUGAGGGUCUAUCUGAAACAAUCUCUAGUCUCUGUGCCCUCCCAGGGUAGGAGUAAGGUCUGGUUGUAUGCAUACAAAUUACCCUUUCUAGACCGCAGUUGUAGGAUCUCACUGGGUUUGUUGUUGUUGCUACAAAUUUCUUGUGAUUUUAUCAUUAUCCAAGAUUAAGGGCUGUGACAUCUAAUAGUAUAGUCCCACAUAAGGUUCAACAGAGGAAGAACUUCAUUAUGUGGAAGUGGUAGAAAAAUCCUUGUUAAUCAUGUCAUUCUCUCUUUCCCAUUCUCUUCCACAGGAUGGUAUUUGUAUAAUUCAAGUUAUAUUCGUGAUCCUUGAAAAAGGUUUGCAUGUACAGCUUGUCAAAAAGAAUAAAAUUGAAAGUUUAAGUGAUUCCAUAUAUAAAAUGUGUCAUGACCCUCGAUAGGAAGGUGGGGAGGUCGAGGAUUAGGGUAGUAGGUUAAGUAGCCUAGUGUAUUACCUGUUCAUACCGGUAGUAUUAGUACGUAGUCUCGUAUUUUGUUGGUAUUAGGUUUCUAUUACUACCUGUUGUUUCUUUCAUUUCGGUCAUCUUACUAUCUUGUUGUUAUU